AGAGAGUCCCGGACUGUCUGCAAAGUCGGCAAUCAUUGUUUCCAUUUCAACCAAGGCUGCGGGAUGCAGUGGGCAGUUUCGGGAUUGCGGGUUGGCCCACACCAAGGCGAGCCAUGAUGAUGACGCAGCCGAUGGUGCCCAUGGGCUUUGACCCCAAUGCCGCAUAUUGGCAAGGCCUGGCCAUGUCGCAAAAUGCCUGGAUGCAGCCAAGCGCACCGCAGGUGGCCUGGGGCCAGCAAGAGCAGUACUGGCCGAUGCAGGACGUGUCGCCGUAUGGCGGUGCUGCAUACGCGUCCUUCAAUAUGGAUGCCGCUUCUGAGUUUAUGCAGCAGCUGGGCAUCGAUCCGGCGGAGGACACAUACUUCGGCUGGAUCGCUGAGUACGGGCUGCAGAGCGACGUGCUGCCGCCUCGCUACCAGAUGCAUAUGGACGCCAACACUGGGCGCCCCUUUUACGUGAACACCGAUGACGGCAGCAGCUCCUGGGAGAACCCGCUGAUCCCCUGCUUGGUGCCCGUCAUUGACAUUGGCCGCGGCUACUUGCAGGCGCCCUUCGAUGGCUACUUUGAGGAGCAGAAGAUGGGGCUCUGGGCUUCCCACAAGAGGGACCUGGAGGGCUGGCACGGGCCUCACGUGGACGAGGAGGGCCGGGAGUACUUCGCCAACUCGGAGAAAGGCAUCUCCUCGUGGCAGGACCCUCGACACGAGACGCAGUAUCUCUUCGAGAUCCAGAGCGGCCUGCUUGAUGCCCUGGAGGAGAUGCUGCCGCAGUACGUGCAGGACACCGACCUGCCGGGCUUCGGACUGCUGGAUCGCCAACCCCAGCUGAUGGAAGUGAGGGGCAGCAGCUUUGCGGACUGCCCCACCUCUCCGGGGCGGAGCACCCCACGCUCCCGGGUUGCCUCGCCGGAGGCGAAGAGGGACCGCGUCCACGCGGCCCUUACUGCCAAGAUGGAUCGGCCCGAGAUCAGCUACGCGGAGUGCCGGCAGAAUCUGGUGAAUGCUCUCAACCAGUUCUUCUUCAUCUACAAAGAUGAUGAGGAGGCUCAGAAGCUGCUCAUUGGCCGGAAGCUGAAGGAGAGACGACUGCGCAGGCAACGCCUUGAUGAGGAAGAACGGUCGAAGUUGCAGCAGGAGUUGGAGGAGAUGCGGCGUCACGAGGAAGAGCGGCAGAAGGAGGAGGCGGCGCGCCGGGAGGCGGCGCAGGCGGCGGAGCGCGCCAGGAAGGAGGCGGAGGAGAAGCAGCGCCGGGAGAAGGAGCAGAGAGCGGAGGAGGAGCGGCAAAGGCAGAUGCAGCAGGAGCAGCAGAAGGCGGAUGAGGAGAAGCGACGCCAGGAGGAGGCCAAGCGGGAAGAGCAGCGGAAAGUGGAGGAGGCCCGACAGAAGAAGCUGGCAGAGGAGCAAGCUGCCAACAAAGCGAAGGAAAUCCGGGAGCGGCUACUGGCGACGAUGCAUGAGCUGGCGCAGAGCCGGGAUGGAUAUGUGCUGCGGUCUGCCAUUGCAGAGGGCGAGUCUGUGGGCCUCAAUGCGGAGCUUCAGCCUCUACGGGAGGCGCUCAAGGAGGUCCACGAGCUCCGCAAAGCGGCGCUGCUGAAAGCGCGGAAGGCGCAGGAGAAGUUGGCGAAUGACUUCAAGACAGCCAAGGAGGCCCAGGACUUCGGCGGCGCGGUCCUGGCAGCCCAGUGGCGGGCGGCCCAGAAGGAGGUGGCCAAGCCCUUCGUGAUGCCGGAGUGACGACGCGGGUCCCACGGAUUUUUUUGUGACGAAUUGGGACCCUACU